AUGUGCAAACCUAGUUUGGAAAAUGACGCUUUACACGGAAUCAGUAAAAGAUUCGUUUUGUUUCCACGCUAUUCUGUAGUACAGAUAACAGGUGGCUUAUCAGUGCCAGCAAUAUUUCCACGACGAUCAAUUAAUCUAAGUCUUGGUUUUCAAAUGAACCAUGAUUUACCAUACAACUUAACAAACUUUGAGCCUUCGAAGGAUUUUGGAGACCACAACGCUCAUAUUGACACAUCUUUGGAACAUAAAGUGUUGGUAGCGGAAAGACUUGGUCGAAUUCAUGGAGAAUGUUACAAAAUAUUUAAAUGUCCACUAAGUUUACUUGAUCUUUUUACGAAUAAAUAUUAUUAA